ACAAACCUUCGAUAACAGUAAUAACACUCACACGAAGGAUUGUUGAUGUUAUCACUCCGCAGUCGUUUCACGUGUAAAGCUUCGCAAUAAAGAUUACAAAAGCGAUGGAUAAAGAAGUAUUGUAUAAACUACUGAUGACGCCAUUGCACACACUACGAGUUGACGUAAGUUAUGUCGACCAAAUCUGUUCGUACUGUAGAAACGCGUAUGUCGACUAAAACUGUCCGUAGAAACGUAUUUGUCGAGGAAAAAUUAACUUAAAUAAUGAAUCUCGGUAAGCUGUGACGGAUAAUUUAAUAUGAAGCAUUAUAACAGUCACUGGGUUCUACUCGAGGCUAAUAAAGGGAACGGGGAUUUGAUCAUAGAUUAACUUGAUUUAUAUUUUAUAUUACAUAAUAGUUUUUAUCAUGUUACGCUAAUAAAACUUAUAAUGAAAGUUAGGAUUUACUCGCUAUAAACCAAUCACACAUAAAACCCAGAAGGAUAUAUUACUGUACAAAACGUUGAUGGGAUUUGGGCCGCAUAUUGAGGUGUGGUCAGGCUUCACUUUUCCCAUAAAAAGCUAAACAAGAAUCUCGAUAUAGAUCAGAUAUUGAAAUAAGUCUAAUGUCUAGUUUCUGGUCUCCUUUGGUGAAGAUUUUUUCAAUUUCAGAGAUAUGUAAUCAAAGUGCUGUAAAAAAAUGGACGGCAAAGAAAAAGCUAAUAUCAGAAUUUUAUGUUUUAUCGGGUGUUAUCGACACUCAUGGUUAAGUCGCCGACACACACACACACACACACACACACACACAUACAUAUCAAGGUCAUGCACUAACUACACGUGUUUCAGCCACAAAAGCUCCGAUUUGAGUAGUUGGUAACUUGUGGCGAGGAUGAGGUGGAAGAGGAUGACUUAUUUUCAUAGCAGGUACUGUACAUAAAUGUGGUGUACGUGGGGAAAAUAUGUUACUGAGGAAAGAAAGAAACUUAAUAAUAAUCGAAAGGUUUUCAGAUGAUAUGAGAAAAUAUUAAACAAUCAGUCACAUUCGAUAUUGAAAGAUUAAACAAGAUAAAUGAAUUUAACUUUCAUAACAAUCAGAUGUCUGCUUACUGAUAGAGGAUUUUCCCCUCACGUGAACAGCACAGGGCACCUCACAGCUCAUGGAAAAUUACAGUGGGGUGAUUGGAUUAUAUAAACUAAAUGAAUUAACCCAAAUUUAUAUCAUUGUUAUUGCCACGAGACAGGGGCUAAUACAAGGUUUCUACCCAUGAACUUGUUAUAAGGUUUCUACCCGUGAAUUUGUUAUGAGGUAUCUACACAUGAAAUAUUUCCGUUAAGAAUGAGUAUAAUAUGACCAAAUUUUUAGUCCGAAGAGCGUCUAGUAUAAUUGUCUCGACGAAUUAUAUAUUACUCAGUUUCCCUGACAUUUAUAUACCAAGUUUCCGUCACUAAGUAUCAUACGUACAGUGCCUAUGGUUCCACCUUAGUAUAAACUCAUCUACCUAAUACAAGUGUUUCUCCUCAACAGGUGUUCAUGGUGUUUGCGGUGAGUCUGUGUCACCUUUCUUUGGCCGCGAUAGCCAUGUGGCCUAACACCGCGCUGUCAGACCUGCGGCGGGACAACACCACCAUGUACAUAUGACAAUGCUAUAUCUCUUACCAGUACUGAGAUGGACAUGUUGGGAAGUCUGGUGCCAGCUGGCUCAGUCCCGGGUACAUGUCUGGGGGCAAUCUUCGUGUCUAGUAUAGGACGAAGGAGGUCCAUCAUGGUGCUUCUGUUGCCCACUGUUGUUGGCUGGGGCAUGAUUGCCUUCGCUGUUAAUCCCGCCAUGAUUCUGUUCGGCAGAUUCUUCAAUGGAGUUACAUGUGGAAUGUCAACAGUGUCGGCAAAUACCUAUAUUGUGGAGCUGCCAGAUGCAGCUGUACGAGGAACACUUUUCGUUAUACCGACCUUCUUCAUUAUAAUUGGAUAUGUUUUAACAAUCGCUUCGGGGCUCGUACUUCGAUGGUACCAGAUCCCCUUCUUAGGCAUUAGUGUGAGCGCAGCAUGUUUUAUAGUAAUGCUGUUCAUGCCAGAGAGUCCAACUUACCUCGUCAUUACUGAUCAGAAAGAUGAAGCGAGAAAAGUUCUAAGGAAUCUUAGAGGACCAGAUGUAGACGUCGACGAAGAGAUAAAUACACUUCGUAGUGUAAACGAGAAAAUGAUCAGUCAACCCCUGCUGAAGGUUCUCCGGCAGCCCGUCAUGGUUAAAAACUUGUCAAUUAUCUUCAUCCUCUUCUUCAUUAUGAACUUCUCUGGUCUCCCUGCUAUCAUCAUCAACACAACUCGUAUCUUUCUCGACGCUGGAUCAGAAAUGAACGAAAACUUGGCGACGAUAAUAGUGUUACUUAUGAUGUUUGUGGGUUCAGGCCUGUCCCUCUUUUUCUUGGAUCGUAUCGGCCGAAAAAAAAGUUUAAUUGCUUCUCUAACAGUCACAGCAAUCUGUCUUCUGAUCCUGGGAACAUUCAUACACUGCAAACACAUAUACAAAAUUUCAAUAUACAGUGAAGAUGUGACAUCAAUAUACAACUUUACAGCGGGGACCACCUCUUCUGACAACAUGAUGCUGGGAAACCAUAUGCCAAAUGCACCUGUCGACAGCUCCUGGACUAGUGAGCACUCGUGGGUGCCUCUCGUCUGUCUCCUGGUCUACAUGGCUUCCGCGAGUUUCGGCCUGGUCCACAUCCCUUUCAUCCUCAGCAAUGAAUACUUCCCUACAGCAGUCCGAGCUCAAGCAUCUAGUGCGUGCUUGCUGGUGUCCAAUGUGUUCUGCUUGAUGGCGCUACAGUUGUACACACCCAUGCAGAUGGGGCUCACCCCCGCAGGCCUCUGCUGGUUCAACGCCGCUGUGUGUGUCUUUGGUGUUGUGUUCUGCACCUUCUUCAUCUGGGAGACUAAGGGAAGGAACGUCGGAUGAAGCAGAUUUUGGUCAAUAUCAUAAUAAUCUCAAAUGUCUUUAAUUCCUGCUAAACAAAUGUAGACCCUAAUGGAGGCUUUCUUGUGAUUCUGGCAGUUAUACAUUAUAAAUAAAGAGAUGACAACU